GAUGUGGUCUGGUCGGUCUACCUUGCCGUGGCUUCUUGUGUGUCUGUCCCUCCAGAAGGUCAGUCCGGUGAGGACGGGGACCUCGGCCUACCUUUGCACUGGACAUGCUGGUGGACAAGUGAGCACCUCGCAGUGGUGACAGGGUACCCCCCUCGGGCUGUCCCUUGGUGAGGUCCGGGUGGGCACGGGUCUGGGGGCUGCCGCUGGGCGACUGGAAGGAAGCCUGCUGGACUCGCCUAGAGCAGCGGGAAAGGAGGGGGUCCCACAGGGGGAUUUCCAAUGGGUGGGGUGGGGACAGUACAAGUUCCUGGAGCCUGUUGCACACCUUUAGGGCUGCAGCCCCCCCAGUCCCCCAGUUCUCUCUCUGCUCUGAGAAAGCUGCCCUGAUUUCCCUGUCCCUGAGCCAGUCUGGGGCGGCCCCGCCUCCCCAGGCCAGGCCCCAGCAGGCCAGCUCCUCCCUCCUGCUUCUGGCUUCAUUUGACUCACUCCCCCGGGAAACUUUCCUAAAGCAGGACAGGACAUCAGGGCUUCUCAGCCCCGAGCCUGAGAGCGCCUUAGUGCGGUGGGCGGGGCCGCAGCAGGAGGGAGCAGCUACCGCGGGGCAGGCCUGUUACCCUGAGGCAGCGCCCCGGAGGGGCCCCCUUCAGUGUGCGGACCCCAAGUGAAACUCUUUCUCCCCUGAGCUCCCGCCAGCCGUCUCCACUUUGAUGCUGUCGGAAGCCUAGAAAAGCUAGUGUGAGGGCUGGAUUAAUCACAGGGAGGGGGCCAGGGACCUGGGACGGCAGUGAAUACUGCGGCCGCCCACCCGAGGGCCUGCUCUGCCUCCUGCUGCCAGACUGGGGCGUGGCUGUGUCCCCAGCUGAGCGCUGAGCACGGUGGCCUUGGGGGACGUGCUGGAGCCUUCGUGGAGGGUGGGGGGGCGGGCAGUUAUUCUCGGAGGAGGCCUCAGCAGGGUAGAGUUUCAGGUUGUUUAUGCCUCUCGGAGGCACCUGGGGGCAGGGGUGCUCAGCUCAGCUCCGCUGCUCGCUGACCCCUCCGAUUCCCUGUCCCGCUGGUGGGGUGCGGGCGUGGGCCCUGCUGUCCCCGGCAGCCCAGAGGUCUGCAGCUUUCUCCAGGCCGUUCUGGACGAGGGGGGCACGGUGGUCCUCAGCCAGCCCUGCGUGGGCAGUGUGCCAGCCUGGGCGCAGGAGGGCGGUUCACACCCGAUGCUGGCCUGAGGUCCGCCUGGCUGCUCUCGGCAGCUCAGUGCUAUUAAUAUCAGGCCAGCGCACAAGCCCCAGCCGGGUGAUCCUCUUAGGCGGCCGGCGCUGAGUGCCGUUGCUUCUGCACGGGCUCCUGGGGCCUCUCACCUGUUGGCCCCCCGCCUCCCAGGGGACAGCCUCUGCCCGCCAGGGCCUGGACCCCACUUCAGCCUCUCACCUGCUGUGCUGCCCACCCAUGAGGAGCAGUUCAGGGGGCUCCUGAGCUGUCCUGGGGGGCUGCCAGGGCUCUAAGAGGCAGUGCGGCGGUGCCCUGCACGCACCUCGGAUCACCCUGGUGCCCCGGUUUCCCCUGUGUCCUGGCCAUGAGCAGCCCCCAGGCUUACGCUGGCAUCAGGGUCUCGGGGUGCUGGGCCCUUGGAGCAGAAGGCAGGUGAGUGGCUGGCCUGCUGUCUUCCGGUGAGGCUGCCCAUCUUCGCUGCGUCUCGGCCACCCCCAGCCCCGUGUGCCGUGUCUAGUGCACGUCAGGGCGGAGACGGGCCAGGUGCUCGUGGGGACCGGCUGCCGGCUUUGCUUGGGCUCUCAGUUACCAGCCGACGCGUGUCCGUGUGGCUCAUAGCCCUUUGGUGGACUGCCUUUUGUCCUUGUGGUUGGCAGCACCCUGUCCAUCCGUGAGCGGGGAGGUGAAGGCUCUCCCGUGCCACGGUUUGUCCCAUUGUGGAGACGGGGUGAGCCCUGCUCUGAGGGCACAGUGAGCUUUGUCCCCGGCUUUGAGAGAGAGCCGGGCUUCUGGAGGAGGCAGUGGAACUGGACUAGGUUGCAGAACUGGCCUGACGCCGUCAGGCCUAUUGCAAGCCCUCGGCCGGGCGGCUUUCUGGCAAGGUCAUCCCUGGCUAACCUUGGGAUCUUCCCUGAGGAGGUGUCUGUCCCAGGCUGUCCGCGCCACAGGCCUUGGAAGUCGUCCGUGGUAGUGGCCGUCGUCACCUCGGUAGGCCAAGGGUCAGUCACAGAGAGGGGUGAGGGCUCCUGCCGGAGAGGCCAGGGCACCAGCCUGGGGUGAAAAGCAGGGGGAUAGCAGCAGUGCCAGCCCAGGCCUCCCAUCCCACAUCGGCCCCGCGAGGCCGUCUGGCUGUCCGUGAGCGUGCUGGGCACAAGGGCGGGUUUGCUGGGGCACUGAGGCCCUGCUCCUUUGCAAACCAGGUUUUCUGUGUUGGCUUUUCCUCCCCGGGUAGGAGGCACAGACUGGACGUUUUCCUCUGGGGCUGUGCGAAGCUGCCCUCCCCAGCUAUAGGCUGUCGGUCAUCUCCGGGGUCUGUGGGUCGCUUGCGGGGAGGGCAGCUGUGUGUGAGCCCUGGGGGCCCCGCGCUCGCUGUCGGGGGAUGAGCGCGUCCAGGGGAACGGCCAGCGCUGCCCUCCGGCUGGGCCUUGAAGACACCACUGCUUGUGCUCCGUCUGUCUCCUGCUCGGCUGAGCGAGGCAGCUGUCACUGCCCCAUCAUCUGGGUGUCCCACUGUGGUGUUGGCUCCACGGACGAGUAAUUGCUACUUCCAGAGGCAACACAGGCAGCCAGUGAUUCCCGGGGCUCGCUCCCCAUGCCGUCCCAGUGACGGAGGACCAAGGCGGCGCGGUGCUGUGUCCCCCGGACGGUGCUGCACGCCUCCUGUCACAUCCGAUGGCCGGCUUUCCUGCUGCGUAACUUGUGCUGACACGGCCCUCUGUGCCCUCGAGAGCUGCUGGUGUGGCUCAUCACGUGUUAGGCCUGAGCUAAUUCCUUCCACUCCUCCCCCCGCCCCACACACGUGUGCACACAGGCGCUGUCCUCCUGGCUCUUGGCAACGCUGGGGGUGCUGGGAGCACCGCACAGCUGGAGACGCCAGUGUUCCUGGCAGGGGACGCUCGGGCCACCCUGAGCAGGCCAGUUGCACAGCACCCUGCGCCCUGGCCAUGACAGCAGAGGCUGUAGCGGUGACAGCGAGCUUCAAGGACAGGUGGCCGUCUCUGUGCACGCGUCUCACAGGCUCACGCUAGCUUUUACGGCUCGGGGAGCUUUGCCUCGAGGAUGCCUUCCGUGUGUGGCUCCUCCUCAGGUUCCCACCGCGUCCCGAGCAGUGUCCAUGCCUGGGGCUCCAGCCGCGGGUGGACACACAUCCUGCCGGGGUUGUCCGGUGCACCCCCAGGUUCCCGGUACUUUCUUCCUGCCUAGACGAUCAGCUUGCCUUCGGAGUCUCUGGGGCGGGUCUGCCAGCUGACGCUGUGGGCAGUCUCUCUCAGGCGGUGGUGGAAGUACCUUUUUCCUAAGCUGGUCCUGCCCCCGGGGCCACCUUCACACUGAGUCUGUGUCCCAGCCUCUCAGCAUAGACUGAGCCGGCAUCGGGCAGACGCAGCCUCUCGUAGGGCCCUCAGCCGAGCCGAGCGUCCCCAGCUGUCCCUGAAGACUUUGAGGCCUCGAGGCCUUAAGGCCUUGGGCCAGUCAUCACUUCCAUGCCUUUUAGGGGUAUAAACCCACAGAGAAGUCAGCACAGCCCCGCUCGAGUGGCGUGGCACGGCGAGAGCAGGCACAGAUGGCGUCUGCGUCUCCCAGCGGCGGCAGCAGCAACGCGGAGUCCUUGGACAGGCUUCUCCCACCUGUGGGCGCCGGGCGCUCGCCCCGGAAGCGCACCACCAGCCAGUGCAAGUCCGAGCCGCCCCUGCUGCGCACGAGCAAGCGCACCAUCUACACGGCAGGGCGGCCGCCCUGGUACAACGAGCACGGCACCCAGUCCAAGGAGGCCUUCGCCAUCGGCCUGGGGGGCGGCAGUGCUUCUGGGAAGACCACUGUGGCCAGAAUGAUCAUCGAGGCCCUGGACGUGCCCUGGGUGGUCUUGCUGUCCAUGGAUUCCUUCUACAAGGUGCUCACCAGGCAGCAGCAGGAGCAGGCCGCCCACAACAACUUCAACUUCGACCACCCCGAUGCCUUUGAUUUUGACCUCAUCAUCUCCACCCUCAAGAAGCUGAAGCAAGGCAAGAGCGUCAAGGUGCCCAUCUACGACUUCACCACCCACAGCCGGAAGAAGGACUGGAAGACGCUCUACGGUGCAAACGUCAUCAUUUUCGAGGGCAUCAUGGCCUUUGCUGACAAGACACUGCUGGAGCUCCUGGACAUGAAAAUCUUCGUGGACACGGACUCUGACAUCCGCCUCGUGCGGCGGCUGCGCCGUGACAUUAGCGAGCGGGGCCGGGACAUCGAGGGUGUCAUCAAGCAGUACAACAAGUUUGUGAAGCCCGCCUUCGAUCAGUACAUCCAGCCCACCAUGCGCGUGGCGGACAUUGUGGUGCCCCGGGGGAGUGGGAACACAGUGGCCAUCGAUCUGAUCGUGCAGCACGUGCACAGCCAGCUAGAAGAGAGGAAGCUGCGCUGGGAUCUGGCCGCGCUGGCCUCAGCGCACCAGUGCCACCCCCUGCCCCGGACGCUGAGCGUCCUCAAGAGCACGCCGCAGGUGCGGGGCAUGCACACCAUCAUCAGGGACCGGGAGACCAGCCGCGACGAGUUCAUCUUUUACUCUAAGAGGCUGAUGCGGCUGCUCAUCGAGCACGCGCUCUCCUUCCUGCCCUUCCAGGACUGCGUCGUGCAGACCCCGCAGGGCCAGGACUACUCGGGCAAGUGCUACGCGGGGAAGCAGAUCACAGGCGUGUCCAUCCUGCGGGCCGGCGAGACCAUGGAGCCUGCGCUGCGGGCCGUGUGCAAGGACGUGCGCAUCGGCACCAUCCUCAUCCAGACCAACCAGCUCACCGGGGAGCCCGAGCUCCAUUACCUGCGGCUCCCCAAGGACAUCAGUGACGACCACGUGAUCCUGAUGGACUGCACAGUGUCCACUGGCGCGGCGGCCAUGAUGGCGGUGCGGGUGCUGCUGGACCACGACGUGCCCGAGGACAAGAUCUUCCUGCUGUCGCUGCUCAUGGCGGAGAUGGGCGUCCACUCGGUGGCCUAUGCUUUCCCGCGCGUGAGAAUCAUCACCACGGCGGUGGACAAGCGCGUCAACGACCUCUUCCGCAUCAUCCCCGGCAUAGGGAACUUCGGCGACCGCUACUUCGGGACUGACGCCGUCCCCGAUGGCAGCGAUGAGGAGGAAGGGGGCUCCGUGGGGUAGCCGCCCUCCCCGCCCCCAACUCCUCCUGCUUCCCCGGGGCUUACAGGGUAGAGAUGUUAACUUAUUUUAAUUAAAAAAUGUGUUGUCGGUGUA